AUGGAGACUCAUGUGGAUGUUUCUAACGUUUCGGAUGUUUGUAGGAAGGUUUGUAGUGAUUGGCAAUGGCAUUCUAAUGCUAAUAGUUGUGUGGGUGGUACCCGAAUAAUGGUUGGUUGGGAUGGACAUAAAGUGGAUGUUAUGAUUCUUGCUCAAACAAAUCAGGUGAUUCAUACGCAGAUUAUAUUUAAGCUGGAUAAGAAGUCGUUUUUUUGCUCUUUUGUGUAUGCGGAAAAUCACUACAGAGAGAGGCGUAUGUUAUGGGAUGAUCUUUGUGGCCAUCAUUCUUUUAUGCGAAGUAAACCAUGGGUGUUAAUGGGGGAUUUUAACGCAACGCUAGCCUUUGAUGAUACUUAUACGGGUUCGUCUAUGACGAAUAUUGGGACAAGGGAAUUCAAAGACUGUGUUAAUGAGAUUGAUGUGUUUGAUAUUAAUAGCUCUGGGUUUCAUUACACGUGGACCAACAAACAGAGGAAUGGUAAUACAAUUUUCAGGAAGCUUGACCGUGUGUUAGGGAAUGUGCAAUUCACGGAUGUUUUUCCGAAUUCGGGGGCCCGAUUUCUGCCUUACAGAAUUUCGGAUCAUACUCCAUGCAUUCUUACUCUUCCAAAUGUGCAGCGGGAUAAAGCGAAACCGUUUAAAUUUGUUAACUUAAUUGCUGAUAAGAGGGGUUUUCUUGAAGAAGUUAAACAGGUUUGGGAAACGGAAUGUUCGGGGCAUACCAUGUAUAAGGUGGCGUCGAAGCUUAAGCUUUUGAAGAGUCCGUUAAGGAAACUUCUUUAUAGCCAAGGCAAUCUGCAUGAGAAAGUGGUAAUGAUGAGGAAGCGGUUGGAGGAGUGCCAGUUGGAGUUGGUAACGAGCCCGGCCGAUACAAUGAUUCAACCGUCUCCAGAUUUAUUUAUUCAGAAGCUUUCGGUGGAUAAGGCUGACUUUAUGGUUCGUAAUGUGACAGAUGAGGAAAUUAAGAAUGUGAUGUUUUCUAUUGCGGGAAACAAAGCGCCAGGCCCGGAUGGUUAUACGUCUAUCUUUUUCAAAAAGUCUUGGCAUAUUGUUGGUGAGGAAGUGUGCAAAGCGAUUAGGGAAUUUUUUAACAACGGUAGGCUUCUUCAGCAGCUAAACCAUACCGUGAUAUCAUUAAUUCCGAAGGUACCGACUCCGGCUCUCAUUACUAAUUUUAGACCUAUUUCGUGUUGUAAUACUCUUUACAAGUGCAUCAGUAAGAUCAUCUCUAACCGAAUUAAGGAAGGAUUGGGGGAUAUUGUGAGUAUAAACCAAUCAGCCUUUGUGCCGAGCAGAAGAAUUUCUGAUAAUAUCCUGUUGACCCAGGAGCUUAUGCAUAAUUAUCAUCGCAAUAUAGGUCCUCCUAGAUGUGCGUUUAAGGUGGAUAUCCAAAAGGCUUACGAUACGGUUGAAUGGAAAUUUCUAGAAGAAGCGUUAGUGGGGUUUGGGUUUCAUUCGAAAAUGGUGAAAUGGGUUAUGGCUUGUGUCUCUUCCACAUCGUUUUCUAUAGCGAUUAAUGGAAAUAUGCACGGGUACUUUAAAGGAAGACGCGGUCUGCGUCAGGGUGAUCCUAUGUCCCCUUAUCUUUUUACAUUGGUGAUGGAGGUAUUGACCUUGGUUCUUCAGAAGCAGGUUAUGGAAUCAAUGGAUUUUAGGUAUCAUGCUAAAUGUGAAAAGCAAAGAAUUAUUAAUCUCUGUUUCGCGGAUGACCUAUUUUUGUUUGCUCGAGGGGACCCGAAAUCGGCUAGGGUGAUUAUGGAUUCGCUGGAUAAAUUCAAGAACAUGUCUGGUCUUGUCCCUAGUUUGCUAAAGAGUACGAUUUUUUUCGGUAACGUGGCGGAUUCUGUGAAAGCUCGUAUUUUAGCUAUUAUGCCAUUUGAGGAAGGGGUUCUUCCAAUGAAGUAUCUUGGUGUUUCGCUUAUAUCGUCUCGUCUCUAUUACAAAGAUUGUAAAGUUUUGGUGGAUAGAAUGGAAGCUAGAAUUACUGAUUGGAAAAAUAAAAGUUUAUCUUUUGCGGGCAGGUUACAGCUUAUUCGAUCGGUUCUAUCUUCGUUGCAUGUUUAUUGGGCUUCAAUCUUUAUUCUCCCUAAACGUAUCACCAAUGAUCUGGAGGAACGCAUGCGGAGGUUUCUUUGGGCUCAAGGUAAUGGCAUUAAAGGUAAAGCUAAGGUUAACUGGAAAAUGGUUUGCUUGCCAAAAUCUGAAGGGGGGUUGGGCAUCCGUAGGAUCGGGGAUAUGAAUAAAGCUCUAAUGGUGGCGCACAUUUGGAGUUUGCUUUUGAACCGGGAAUUGUUAUGGGUCAAGUGGAUUCAUGCAUACCGUAUUCGCGAUAGAAACUUUUGGGAUGUUCCAGUAAAAAACAACAUAACCUGGAGCUGGCGUAAGAUGUUAGGGCUUCGACAAAGUAUCCGAAAUAAUUUAUGGGUGAACAUUGGAGAUGGGGUGAACACAAGUGUUUGGUUUGAUAAAUGGGAGGCUAUGUGUCCGCUUGGUAAUUUUAUUUCUCCUAGAACCAUUGCUAAUGCGGGUUUUGAUAUGAACUCGUGUGUAGCUGAUGUAUGCAUUAAUGGUGAAUGGGUGUGGCCGGAGGCUUGGUUUACUCGGUUUCCGGGUUUGAUCGAUUUGCAGGUUCCGGAAUUAAACGCGAAUGAUCAUGAUAGGUUGGUUUGGUGUACAAAUGGCGGUCGGAAAACUGAGUUUACUACGUCAAUAGCGUGGGAGGAUUUGAGGCAUUCGAAUAAUGAGGUUCAAUGGGCGAGUAUAGUCUGGUUUCCUCAAGCUAUACCUCGCCACUCUUUUCUCUUAUGGCUGCUUGUUUUACGAAAAUUGAAAACCCAUGAUGUCAUGAGUCGAUGGAACCCGGGUAAUAUGAAUCUUAACCUGUUAUGUUGCUCGUUGUGUUCAAGGGGUCCUGACUCGCAUGAGCACUUGUUUUUUGAGUGUGAUGAAGCCAAGAACAUUUGGUAUGGUGUUCGGGGAAGAGCUGGCAUGGGCGCUAUUCAGAAUUCGUGGAAUGAUAUCUUUGAGUAUCUGUUGAGUAUAGCUAACUCAAAAAAGGCUGCAAAUGUCAUUGCGAAGCUGGUUGUUGGUGCAACAGUCUAUUUUGUUUGGGAGGAACGGAAUAGAAGACCUUUCACACCGAAAAGGAGAACAAAAGAACAGCUUAUAGAGGUCGUCUUGUCUACGGUCCGAAUGAAGUUACACACUAUGAGGUUUCGGUAUUCUGUCCACACGGAGCGUGUUUUGCAGGAGUGGAGCUUACCCCGAGGGUUGCUAGUUGCGGAUGACGAUUGUGGCUGA